GUCUGGAUGCCUGUAGCGUUAGCGCGGCAUUAUAGAAUAGUUCUGUGGACAGAAGAAUCUUACGUUAGCUAGCUAAAUUAGCUGGCAUCUGAUUAGCUCGCUAACUCCCCCCGCCCGGACAAGAAGCAGCCUUUGCUUCACAGAGAAAAGAUGGCUAUGUAGUUGCAGGAAGCCGUCUAGCUAAGGCUUCGUUGUAGGCAGCUUGCUAAUACCGUGGCUAACGAUAAGUAUGGCGGAUUGUUGGAGCACUGAUACUGGCGAGGCUGUUUAUCGUUCCCGGGAUGCUGUCAAAAAUCUGAAAAUAAGGGUACGGAUCCAGCGUGUCACCUCUACCGCAGUCCUAUCACAACAGCUCCAGCAGCAAGUGUCGGCGCAGCAGGAGAGGGGCGUCAUCGAACUGGACACCUUCAGCAGUCAGGGCAGACCAGCCGGUGACCAUGGUGAUGAUGAGGAAGAGCAGGUAGUAGGCUGGCAGGAGAAGCUGUUUAGUCAGUUUGAGGUGGAUUUUUUCCGGAUGGAGUCGGUGUGUCAGAGCCCACUGGACCGACAGUAUCACGGUGAGGUCACAGCUCUGGAACGGGCCGGGGGGAGACGUAACCGCCGAAUAUUCACCUACACCGACUAUGACCGCUUCACCAACCUGGACGAGCAACACCAUCAGAGUCUGAUGACCCCAUCCAAGGCCUCACCUACCUUUUUGGUAGAGAGAAUGGCUAACAUUAGGCACAGACGACAAGAGAGACACCCUGUGGAAGGCAAUGUGGCCAAGGCCCGGCCGGUCACUUGGGAGCCAUCGGAGGAGUUUGUGAAGAACAGCCAUGUUAUCAACACCCCUGUGCAGACCAUGUACAUCAUGGGAGAUCUAGGGCCCUAUGGGAGAUUGGGUCAGAAAGAGAAUGAGCAUGUGCUGUGUACUGUGAAAGCUGACAGCAAUGGAGUCAUCACAGUCAAGCCUGACUUUAACAACAGUAAAGGGGCCUAUAGGCUGGAGACGGAGGGGGAGAAGCGGGAGGUGUGGCGCCUCACCCUGGAUAACGCGUCUGCGGGCAUCAGUCAGGAGGAGAAGGAGCGAGAGCAGCGCAUGUACAAAGACCUCUACGUUCGUCACAAAGACUACCUCAACAGCCUAGUUGGCCAAGACUUUGAAAUGCCUCCCCCUGGGAUUCUCCGCCUACUAGUGAACGGAGAAAUAGUGUCAGCCAAGGGUUACGAGUAUGACGACCUGUACAUACACUUCUUCUUGGAGUUACCCAACAACUGGUCCAAUCUGCCUUACCAGUCUCUCUCCGGAGUCACACAGACCUGUCGCACCCGCUCCCUUGGCAAGGAAAAUGUCGCUUUCUUCUCUUACCCUUUCAACUUUGAGGCGUUCUUCAGGAAAGAGGACGAGACGGAAGAGUCCCUUCCCCAGUGGCCGGUGUUGUACUUCGAGGUUCUCUCCCUGGACUUCUGGCAGCGCUACAGGGCUGAAGGCUAUGGCUACCUGGUGAUCCCUGCCACCCCUGGCUGCCACACCCUCACCUGUAGUACCUGGAGGCCCCUGCAGAGCGGAACGGUGGCGGAGCUGCGUCGCUUCUUCAUUGGUGGGGCCCCAGAGCUCGAGGACAGCAGCUACGCACGCGUGCCCGGGACCUUCAAGGGGGAUCGUCUGAGUCGGUUCGGCUUCCGCACAGAGACCACAGGAAGUGUUACCUUCACUCUGCACUGUAUCCAGCACGCUAGGGCUUUUGUCGAUGCCAGCUCUCUGAAAAAGAGGCGGCAGACUGUCCUGGACCAGCUGGGAGGCUUCAGUCAGCAGGGAUCGGUCUACAAUGUGCUCGAGGCUUUCCAGAGGGCGCGGAGACGGAUGCAGGAGGCCAGGGAGAGCCUUCCCCGUGACCUCAUCAACACUGCCGCAACGCUCACCCCCGAGUCCACAGCGUAGCGUACAGCUGGAGUACGCCUGCCAUGCGUGGCUGCCACUCUGCUCGAUGUCCUAUAUGCUGCGUCGUUAGGCCUUCUGUUUUACAGCCGGCUGGGGACAAUGUUCAUUUAUACUGACACAAUUACCAUGCUUGUGUCUUUUGUAACUGGUGCAGAUAUACUUUUGAGAUGUAUGGUCAAUGUCCUUUUUGAUUAGUUUUCUUAUGAAAUGUAUAAAAUGUCAUAAGCCAUUGUAAAAUAGUCUCUCUCUCUCUAUGUGAAUGUGGAUGUGUGUGUAUACAGUAUGUAUGUUUGAAGGUC